GAAGAGCUUACCUUCAGUGCAAGGGGGAAGUCCCAGAAAAUGCAUUGUGGUUGCACCCAAAUCAGCCCCUAACUCAAAUACAUGUAGCCCAAGGUCACUACAAGAGGGGCACAUUUCAAGCUGAGGUUCUCAGAUGUCUUUCUUCUCUCUGUAGUGAGUCAGAGUGUGAGUUGACACCCGAGCUGAGCCAUGGGGUUUGGCUGUCCUGAGGGUCACUUCUGGGAUGGCCUGGUGAGGAAGUGUCUGACCUGUCAGAUGGUCUGCCAGCAGCCUCACCACCACCUCAGAUGCAUCGAGUACUGUGUUUCUCUAGGGUGUAAGGCAGUCCCAGGGCAGUACUACGACAGGCUGUUGAAGAAGUGUCUGACGUGUGCUGUGGUGUGUGGCAACCAUCCCUCAGAGUGUUCCCACCAAUGUCAGACCCAACAGCCUGACUUGAGUGCAACCUUGAGGCCUGUGGACGGGACAGUCUUCCAGAACCCUACCACCAAGGGGGGCUCCCUACUCAGUGGUGUGCCUAACUCAGUCAUCCUGGUGUACUCUCUGCUGGGCUUGUGUCUGGCUCUGCUGCUGUUGACCCUGUCUUUGGCCCUGCUUGUGCUGCUGAGGAGGGCCAGUGCCAGAGGUCCCCGACCAGGGGCCACACAGAGCAGUCCCACCCAGGGCCGUGGAAGCCAGGAGGCCCAAGAGCCUAACCAGCACAGCAAGUCCUCCAAAGACAACCUGAUGGAUCCAUCCCUGCCCAAGCUGAACAGUGUGACAGCGGGCCGUUCGUCCAGCCCAAUAGAGACCUGUGUGUGUGUCCACUGCUUCCCUGACCUCAGAGUGCCUGGCAGAGGUGAGAAGCAGCAGAGACCCCCUCUCACCCUCUACCAGCAGGCUGUCCCCCAGGACCUCCACACUCCUACCAGACGACUCACUUGUGGAUCAUCAGAAAAAAUAAUCUGUUCCCCCUCUCAGCCUAGCUUCUGACCGGAGCAGAACUGAAACCGACUGGACACUACAGCAAUCAUAGAAAUCCUAUUAAAUUACUAGAGGGGCUAUGUCAUAAACCCUCAAAGUUCCAUAGUGGGGUGAAAAUGGCAGCAAUCUUGGUCAGGGAGAAAUCCAAAACCAGUCUAAUUGGAAUGAAUGGCAGAGGCAUAGGUGAUGCAUUUCCUGCUUUUAAUUAUGCAGGAAAAUAAAAGGCAGGUGAUGUAUUAGAAAUUGUGUAAUGUAAUUAUAGUCAACCUAAAAUAGUGUUGUAAUUCUAAAAACAUUUGCUACUGGUUUUAUACCAAUACGUUCUAAAAUACAUGUAAACAGACCAUACGUCUUAGUUUUCAUGAAAAACGGUGUGCUACUCUAUGAUACAAUAUCAGUACUUGUUGCAUUUAGGUCUCAGUCAUAUUAUCAACUGAUUUGAGCCAGUGUAAAGCUGUGUAUUGUCUGCCUUGUUUGAAUGGAAUGUUUGCUUGUAGGCAGUUAGUUAGACACAUUUAUGGUGUCAUUCCUCAAAAACUGGUUGGCCAGCUUGCUAGCAAACACCCAUACUGUCAUACCCUGAUCUGUUUCACCUGUCCUUGUGAUUGUCUCCACCCCCUCCAGGUGUCGCUUAUUUUCCCCAGUGUAUUUAUCCCUGUGUUUCCUGUCUCUUUGUGCCAGUUCGCCUUGUAUGUUUCCAAGUCAACCAGCGUUUUCCCGUUCUCCUGCUUUUUGCGAGUCCUCCUGGUUUUGACUCUUGUGUUGCCUGUUUCUGGACUUUGUACACGCCUGUCUGACCACAAGCCUGUCUGCCACUCUGUACCUCCUGGACUCUGAUCUGGUUUUGAUGUUUUGCCUGUUCACGACCAUUCCCUUGCCUACUCCUUUGGAUUAAUUAACAUUGUAAGACUCCAACCAUCUGCCUACUGUGUUAGCAUUUUGGUCUCACGUUGUGCCUUGAUACACACAGAGCAGAUCAAUUCUUCACAUUCAUUGUUUUACACAACUCCCUGACCAUCAUGGCUGACCUUUGGACCAUCAUGAGGUUCAUGGCCAUUCUAGUAUUAGAAUUAUAUUAUAAUCACAAUAAAACAACCCUAGACAGAUUUGACACGCCCACUCCAGGAUCAGCUUGCCCUCCACAAUCCUAACCUGAACCAUUAGGAGGAAAAAAACAACUCUAAACUGUCCCGAGAUCAGCCACAUCUAUGGUUAACUUCACCUGGCCGACACCAUGCAGACCAGAAACAACUGUGAUGUGAGAUGGGUGGUGAAGGAUAAAGGAUACACAAGAAACGGUAUUGAGGGAGUGACACAAGGGAGUAACAGAGAACAUGAUUUAAGCCUGUAUGUACUCACCCCAAACAAAUGACACCUGCUGCAUCUCUCGGGAGACAUUCACAUGUGGGUGGCCUCCUUGUGCCAUGAUUCAGAAAAGACCUCCAGUAAGUCUUGUAGAAGUUAAUAAAACCCUGAAGCACACGAGAGUAUAGAUAUAGAUUUUUUUAUUGUGUGUC